CUGAUUGUCAGGCGUCCUGGGUGAGUGCGGCCGGCGUAUGGACCCAGGGCAGAGAGGAGCAGCCUGGACCCGGGGCUGAGUCUCCGGCUGUCAAUCAGGAGGCGGCUCUUCGUGAUUUGAUAAAAUCUGCUUCUCUAGUGGAGAGCUCGAGUGUGGACCAAGAAAUGAGGACUGGAUUCUGGCUUCGGGAUGCUAGGAGGCACUUGUUCCACUGGCGAAGCUGCAGUUAUGAGCAAAACGUCUCAGCAGUCCCAGAAAGAGUUCAGAUAUGGAAAAGUCAUAAGAUGAAGCAUCAGAUAUUAACAACAAGUGAUGGAUUAUGCUGUUUAGGUAGAGAUUCAGAAGUCUGGCGGACCUGGACUAAACCUAAUGUGGUGUUGCUCUCAUGCACAGGACAUCAUUCAGUCUUCAGAAAUACUGUACACAAUGUAGGACUUCUAUCUAAAAAGCCACCAGCCAUCAAUCCAAGCCUACUCUCCUUCAGAGACUUUUCUCACUGCACCAGAUGUAAGCCUGCUUAUAUCUUGUCAAGAAAAUGUUUUAUUCCUGAAGGAACUGCUGACCUACAUAAAGACUUCCACACAACUUCUCGGGUCCUAGCCUUGCCAAUCCCUCUGUUGUGGAUCCUAUUGAAGCCCCUCAAGAAAGUUACGGCGAUGAUUCUUGGCAGGAGUAUACGGAAAUGGUGGCAGGCUCUUCCACCUUAUAAACAGGAGCUGCUCAAGGAGAAGGUGAAAAAGAACAAGUGGAGAAUUUUGUUCGGUCUAUGUGGCCUUUUAGGUGUGAUCGGAAUGUAUUUCUGGACCCACUUGGACAAGAGUCCAAUCACAGGACGCAGUCGCCUACUGGUGUUCAGCAAACGACAAUUCCUGAAGCUGGCUGAAUUUGAGUACCAGUCGGUGCUGGAGAACUACAAGGAUAAAUUCCUGCCUGCUGAUGAUCCAGUCUAUAAGACCAUUCAGUCUGUUUUCAACCAGUUAGUUGAGAAAAACAAAGAUGUGCCAGGAGUUUCUGAGACCACGUGGGUUAUUAAUGUUGUGGAAGAUCCAGAGAUAAAUGCCUUUGUCUUGCCAAACGGGCAGGUGUUUAUUUUAACUGGGUUGUUGAAAGCUGUGGCAGACGCCGAUCAACUGGCAUGUAUUCUAGGUCAUGAGAUGGCUCACUGUCUCCUUGCACACGGGGCAGAACACGCAAGUAUUAUUCAGCUCCUUGAUUUUGUAUCCCUCGUAUUUUUGACACUUACUUGGGCGGUGUUUCCUCGGGACAGCCUUGCUCUUCUGGGACAGUGGAUCCAAGGCAAACUGAUCCAGUACAUGUUUGAUAGACCCUACAACCGAAAACUAGAGAUUGAAGCUGAUGAGAUUGGACUGCAACUUGCUGCUAAGGCCUGUGUGGAUGUGAGAGCCAGCAGUGUAUAUUGGCAGCAACUGGAAUUGAUGAAGAUUGCUUCUGGAACAUUUCAAAUUCCUGAAUGGUUUUCCACACAUCCAUCAAAUGAACGCCGAGUUCAACACCUCAAUAACCUGAUUCCCAAGGCUAUCAAACUACGAGAAAACUGUGGUUGCACUUCACUGCCGAGUAUAGACCCACGGUUGGUUUUCAAGCUUAGUAUGGAGGAAAUGAUGAAGCGUUUGAAGAAAUGGGAAGAACCAAUCUGCACUGUUUCUGGAACUGAGCAGCUACCUCAGCAGCAUGAGAGUGGCCCAAUCGUAAUGAAGAGAAUACCUGCCGUAAUUACAGUACAGGCACUCCAAAGCACAGUAAACUCUCAGAAAUAAGUGUAUUUAAUUGCAUUUGAUACCAUGCAAUGCAAGUUAGCAAUUUGUGUUUCUAUUUUAACUGGACAGUGGGAAAUGGAAAUUAAUCUGAGGUGUGGUGGUCUCAAAAGAAAUAUUUUGUGUAUUCCUGAAUUUCUGGGGCUCUUCUGGUUGUUCUUUGAUUGUUUCUUUAAUCAGGUAUGGGUCCAUUUUGUUCUGGAUUGCAACCAAAGAAGUUGGGAAAUCUGUUACUUGGGAAAAUACAGUUUGUAACAGUCCCAGUUGGAAUAUCAAUUCGUAAUUAUGUUCCUUGGAGUCCCUGUUGCUCAAAAAUAUACAUCAGCAGCAACAGAUUUCUGGUUGGUGAAUCCUUUUUAUGAGGUGACUAAAUGAUAACUGUGAGAAAUGUGUGAUUUGUUUAAGCAAAGUAUGUGAAUGAAAUGGUAAAAUAAUCCAUUGAGUAAGAGUAAGUUAUUGAGGUGAAGGGGAGGGCAAUGAACAGGGCAAUUCAGCCUGAAGCAGAAAAACACAAGACAAUUAAUAUCACCAGGAUCUUGUACGUUUGAUAAUGAUAUUUAGAGCUGCUGUUCUUAUCAAAUACAGGUAGAAACUGCUAACAGGUACUUGAAACUUGCAAUGUUUUUUUAACUAUAGGAUUGAAUUACUUUUAUAAUAUAUUAUCUCUUAUCCCGUACUGGUACAUGGGAGGAUUUCUCUGUUAAUGGGGAAACAGCUUCUGCUUUUCUUUAACUUUGUGAUCCAUGAGAAUUUCUCACUCCCAUCCAAAGUGCAAGGAUAAUAAUUCCUCCACUCAGUAGGAAACAGUACAAUGUUAUUAUAAAAUAGGUUUUCUAUUAGAUGUUUGCAUUUUUAAUUGCAAUGAAUUUGAAGAACUUUUUGUACAUAAAAUACUUUUUUUUUUACGAAUUAUCAGUCUCUUCCAUUUUCAUACACAUCAUACAGGCCCUGUACACUCAAGCAAACACAAGUUGCUGCUUAAGUAAUAUGUUUCCAGCAUGGAGCAGACCCUGUGCACACAAAGAUUUCGGCAAUGUGAAAGUGCUUAUUUCACACUGUAACAUCACCAAAAUGUUGGUUGUUUUCCAGUUCAUACCUAAUCAGUCUACUUUAGAUUUUAUUGACAACUCACUAAUGUAUUUUGUUUCAGUAUUUUCAUUAAAAACUAUUUCUGAUGUGCCAAGAAAGUACUUGCUAUUGUUCGGGUGGCAUCAUGGCACAGCUAGUAGAGCUGCUGCCUUGCAGCUCCAGCGCCCCAGAUAUGAUCCUAAACUCUGUGUGGAGUUUGCAUGUUCUCCCUGUGACUGCAUGGGUUUUCCCCAGGUGCUCCAGUUUCCUCUUGCUUCACAAAGACAUGCUGCUGGUAGGCUGUAAAUUGCCCCUAGUGCGUAGGUAAGUAGUAGAGUCUGGAGAGAAUUGAUGGGCAAGUAGGGAGAAUAAGUUACAGGGAAAAUGGGCAGAUGGGAUUGCUCUGUGAACUGGCAUAGACCUGAUGGGAUGAAAGACCUCCUGGGUCUUAAGGAAAUAUGGGAAUGGUAAGCUUACAAAGUAGUACUUCAUUAACAAUUAUUUUACUGGUUAUCAGUUCUAGUUUUAGACCCAAAUGUACUGGAUUUGUGUGGUUGGAUUUAAUUAGGAUUAGAGUCUAAAAUUGUGAACCUGAACAAUUAAAUCCAAUGUAGUGGGAAUAUUUUUCAAGAGUGCCUCUGGCCAGUUAUUGAGUAGUGGGAGUAUGAGGUGGAAACACACAACAAGUUUUAUUUAGCUCAUGUAUUAUGGAAUGUACGUCAUUUCCACUUUAUAAAUUUGUGUUAAUUUUCAUCCUACCUUAUUUUACUCCUUUUGUUGUUUCAUGGUGGCAAUGAGGUCCCGCAAAUAGUGCUAGCUCUUUUGGAACAUUUAAUGCACCUGCCAUAGCAGCAUUUAAACACCACUCUUAUUUAUUUAGAUAUUUUACCCCAGCUGUCUUCCAACCACAUGUCUCCUGGCUUCUUCAGAGCAUCUAACCUAUAGCUUCUCAGAGUUAGCAGACAGAUUUGCCUUUUACGCCAUGUUCUUACUGGACAUUGAUAAUAACAGUACCAGUUAGAAUGCAGAUGCUCCACAACAAUAAUAUUGUAUGUCUAUAUAUUCCAUAGCAAUAAUAUGAAAUGCAUCCAAGAUUAACAAUUAUAAUAAAGACAGUCCAAAGAAACUAUGACAAAAGAUUUGUGCUAUUCUUUUCUCCCCAUUACAUCCCAAGUCUCCAAGUCACUUCCAGAUACGUGCACACAGUAACCCCAAAUUCCAGGCAACAGGUGAGGUAUAACUGCCAUUGUGAUUAAGGCAGUUUCAGCUGAGAAAUUAUAAUAAAACAAGUUGGAGGACUGGGGGAAAACAAUGACUGGAAACAUAACCGGCACCCAUGGAAGGUUCACUCUUAUCACAAUGCAAACCUGUU